AUGAGCGGAGGAAGAAACCGCCAACAGCGGCGCAAAGCGUCAGCCGGCGCCUCUGGACAGCAACAGCAGCAGCAGGUUAACGCGCCGUUCCCCUUUCCCAUGCCCAUGCCCCCGCACACACGCCAGGAUUCGGGUUUCGGUCCCCCCGGUGGUUGGCGCGCCGGCACUCCUCCCACGUCGGCACACCAGCACUCAUUCUCACAGCAGCAGCAGCCAGGACAAUCCGUGCCCCUCCAGCCUGGCAGCUCUGUGUCACUCCCACCAGGCGCCUUCCCCGGUGCAUACCCGUUCUGGCAGCAGCCACCGGGCGCGUUCAGUCCCACGCCCGCUAACAUUCCCACCAACCUUGGGCGCCACAACCGUGGUGACAGCUCCCACACAUCGAAACGUCAGCGGUACCAGGGCGACGGAUCCAUCGGCAUCGGACACCCGGGGAUGCCCAACGUAAAUAACAUAGACCAUCGCUCCAACCCGUCUGCGACGCUCCGCAACCGCGCCAAUCUGGCGAUCCUCACUGACAUUCCCCUCUCGGCUGGGACUGCACCCAUUUCGCCCGCCCUCGGACGCUUCCCUCUCACACCAGGCCCUCCUCCCGGUACCCCACCUGCGCUCCUCCCGUACAACCAGCGCGCGUACACGCUCGACUCUGCCGGCGCCCAGUCGCUCGGCCACUUCCCGCACUCGAGCCUAUCUAUGCCCAUUGGAAGCCCGCUCACGCGCCAAGGCCCUGGCCCCAUCCAGAUCGGUGGCCCGCUCGGUGGCGGCCCCAUGCCACCCCCCAGCCCCGUCACCAGGCGUGCCGUCACGACGCCGUCGCAUCUGUCGCAGUCGCACACCCGAGCUACGUUGACCCAGCAGCGCCUUGGCCCUCCCCCGAAGGCUAUCUUGGGUGGCCCUGGAGGUCGAACUUUUGACGAACUCCGGCCCAGCCCGAGCUCGUCGCUCAAGCCUUCCCCAGCCCCCAGCGUUAAUUCCCGCUCUACCAGCCCUCUGGCGGUCAGUGCGCAGCGCCAGGUGUCUGACACAUCAGCCAAGAGCGAGAAGGAGGCGGCCGCGGACGCCGCUACCAAGGUGACUGUGACCGCCGCUCUCAAGGACGCGAUCAUGCACAACGGCAAUCAUGUCAACGUCGCCCUGCCGCCGGCAAAGUACAGCCCCCCUGACACACCAGCGGAAGCGUCACCUACCAAGCAGGACGGUGAAGAGGAGGAAACGAACACGGAGGCAACUGCUGAGCGCGUCCCCCGUAAGGAAGCCUUCCCCUGGCCUCCCAUGCAGGUUGGCGUUACGCCGCACUCGAUCCCUCUUCCUCUGUCUCCCAUUUCAGACCACCUCUCUGCAGUCGAGACGUCCUUCUCUCCCCAAGUCGCCUCGCCCCCUGCCAAGUACAAGGUCGUCACUUGGAUGGGCAAGGAAGUUAGGGUCGCAAUGCCCGAGGAACAGAACAACUGGGAGGCCCUCCGCCCUGCGCCAAACUCGAUGGACGUCGACGACACCGACAAGCCAACCACCGAAAAUGUAAAUACACCAAAGACUAUUGAGAACACCACUCCUUCGCUCCCGGCGUCCCCGCCUAUGGACAGCAUCAACCCCGGCACACCGCCCACAGGCGAGGCGAGUAUGCACACUUCGCCGCCUGGCUCGAGCCAGUGGGAGACGGCCUUUGAGAGCUCGUCCCUCUCCAACUCGCCACCGGCCUUCACGGCGUGGGAGGGACCUCCCACCCGCAGCGCGACGCCCUCGGACGACGCGCGCCACCACUUCUCCCCUAUUGCCGAGGAGUACGCCGAGAGCGAGCAGCUGGAGCAGGCUUCCGAGAAGACUGAGACUGCUUCGGCCGCGAGCGAGAUCGGCAAGGUCAUUGAGAAGCCUCCCAAGCCGACACUCACGCUCCCUCUUGCCAGCUCCGAAAAUGCAGAGGACAUGGUCGCUGGUGUGGCCACACCUAGGCCAAGGCCCAAGCUCUAUUCGGAGGGUGCCGCUCUAGAGCACGAAGAGCACGCCGCCCUGCGUGAGGUCGUCCUUGGUGCUGAGCAGCCCGCUGUCGUUGAAGGCGACACAGGCGGCCAGACCGUCGUGCUCGACCGCCUCAUGAGCGAGAUUGCGUCGCCGAUGCCUUCUCCUUUCCGCAAGUCGUUCUCCGGCCUUGCCGCUAACCCAUUCCUUAAGCGCUCGCUUGGCGGCAUGCUACGCCAGCCUAGGUCCCGUAGAGGCUCGGAUGCCGUCCCCCCGACUCCCACACGUCUUACUCAGAGCACGACUGCGGACGAGAGCACCUUCCCCGUUGCCGCCACUACCCCGAGUGAGGCUGCGUCAGAGGAUGCCACUCACAGCCUUAUGAGCGUUGGACACGACGAGGUCGAGCGCAAGGAGACCGUGAGUACUACGCCUCCUUCGAACGCUUCCGACCUCGCCCCGGCCACCUCCAAGUCGUUCCCUUCUUCUCCUUCCCCGCGCCAGGUUUCCUCCCCGGCGCGCCAGGCCUCGCCGAGUCGUAGUGUUUCGAAGAGCCGCAACCCUUCGCCUACCCGGCAGGCGUCGCCGAAGCACGGGACGCCCUCGCCAGCUCAUCAGCCCAUCUCGCCGCCAAUGCAGUUUGCUCCGCAGUUCGGUUCCCCUGGUAGCCAGCCCAUCUCGCCUCCGUCGCAGUUUGGGUUUGCUUCGCCGACCCGCCAGCCCCUGUCGCCGCCAUCGCAGUUCGCCGCGGCCCAGCAGUUUGCGUCGCCUAUCCGUCAGCCCCUCCCGCCGCCGGUCAUGUUCUCCCCUCCUCGCCAGACACCGUCCCCCGGCCGCCAGAGUGUCUCUCCAGUUCGCCAGCCAACUUCGCCUCCAGUCAGCAACUCGAAGCCGAACUCGAAGCCGAACUCGGGCACGUCGACGCCGUUCCGAGGCAUAACCCACGUCAGUCAGGCGUCUAUAGACCACGCCAUGGCGCAAGGGAGUCUCGCGGAGGCGCUCGCUGCAUUAAAGCUGGCUGAAGCCGCUCAGGCUGCACAGGCCCCCUCAGCUGCUCCAAAUCCUGCGCCUACGCCCGCUGCUCCAGCUGUCUCUCGCACAUCGAGCAGAAUUCCUCAGCCGCCUCAGCAGCCGCCCGCUGCGCACUGGGCGUUCGGCCCGCGGCGUACUUCAGCUCAAUCUAUCCAGGAAGAGCCGAGCAAGACGAUCCCUACCGAGGGCGAGACCGAUGACGGGGACCUCUCGUGGCGCAACCGCACGAACACCGUGUCCCCAGCAAUCAACCGCGAUCUCCAGCAACUUAUCCGCCCAGGCAGUGGCAUGCUCAGUGAGAGGACUAGACCAGAUGAAGGUGACGACCACGAUCCAGUCAAUUCGGCUGACGAGGAGCUCAAGCGCGGCGCAGACGCGAUCACCCGAGUCGAACGGCCGCCGACUGGCGAAGCGGCGCCAAGGGCACCCCAGCGAGGGUCGCCGGCAACAAGCGUCGGCACGAAUGAGUUGGCGGGGUCGCAACCUUCCUCGCCUCUUCUUCGUUCUUCAUCCAUUGUGCCCUCAACUUCCGCAAGCUCUCCCCCGACUGUGUUUACUUCGCCGUCCAAGUCUUCGCCGUCCAAGACGUCGCCUGUCCGUUCUGUCCCUAGCGUUCCCAUAGAAUCCCACAAUUCCACGACCAAGCCCGGCGGACUCUCGCCUCCCAAACGUCUACAAUCCAAUACUGCCACUUCUGUCCCACGCCCCACGUUAUCCACUGCUCACGAGCCAGAACCCUUCCGACCAACGCAAUUCACAAUGGGCCACACUCCCAAGGUCUCCGACGCGUCCUCUACGUUCACUUUCGGCCCUCCCUCGGCCCAGCCCAGUCCGGGCAAGGUUUACAGACACAACCCAAACACCAUGCACCGCACCAACUUCCAGAACCCUGCGGACGCCGACCAGAUUCCACAGGAGCCGGCAAGUAACGGCCUUGGCCUCUUCACCUUUACCAAGCAGCUGCGCCCAAACGCGCUCGAGUUCAAACCGGGCGGCGCAGCUCCGAAACCGGUGCGCAUCAGCCCCUCGUCAUCUGGUGGCAGCUUCCGGCCGCCGGCUCUUGACUUGUCCGCCGCUGGACCUUCCUCGCGCGCAUUUGACUCCCUCGGCCGCACUCAGACCACGCUGGGCAAGCCGUUCGAGUUUACCCCCGCUGCCGGCAAGCCUACACUCGUCAUUCGGAAGCCCAAUCCCAUCCCGAUACUGAAACCCAAGGAUGUGGAGGUCUCGCCAGACGAGCCCAUGGUGUCUCCGCACCGCCAGCACGCGUCGCCAAGGGACGACGAGAUGGAACUGCAGCCUGUGCCCUCAGAAGCUGAAGCAGAGCACUCCUCCAAGGAGGGCCGUAACUCUCCCCGACGCGGCAAGCAUACAGCCAAGCGGCCAUCACAGAACUCACAUCUACCCAAGGCAUGGCUGGGACGGUCACAACCCUCGACCCCCAUCGAUGGCCUCUCCAACGAUGUCCAGAUCCACCAGUCCAUGCCCAUCCGCCUCAACAGUGCCGGCGGCCGCAGGGUUCGCGCCUCCAGCGACGGCGCUCUCAAGUCGGCGCAGCAAACUCCACCUCCAAUGCCAACAGACAGGUACUCGCCGUCGCGCCCCGUCGCGGAACUCAGCGGGGAGGCCGAGUCCCAACCGACCCGUCCACCUCUGCCCCCUAUCCAGACGGUCAUCAUGAAGAGGAACAUCUCGGCCCCUACUAUUCUAAGCGCAAAGGCCAAGCCGUUCCACCCAAGCUACCCGCAAGGUUCCAGCGACUUGUCUCCGGCCAAGAGACUGGACGCGUUCCUGCACCACACGCCGCACUCGUCCAACAUGAACGCCGAGGUCGCUGACGAGAGCAAGUUCCGGCAUUGGGUCUUCCCGAACCCGGAAACGUAUUCGCCGUCUCCAUCCAGGGCCGAGUCAGAUCACCUCUCAUUGUCAUACUCCCACAAGAGACGCCACUCGGAGACAGACGACGUCGAGGAAGCCGGCGAGAGCCCAGUCGGCGACGAUUCUGCUGUGGACCAGGACGGUAGCGCCGUUGAGGGUAGCAGGAGUCUGAAGUGGCCCAACUGGCCGCACGGUGAGACCGUCCUGUCGCCUGCUUCCAACACGUACACUACGACCGACACAUCUGCCGAGUUCCCGAUGCGCAGCACCCCGCCCCGGCGCCUGUCUGUUGUGAACCAUGUCACCACGCCGCUCCGGCCAUCAACACCAGAGUCCGGCGGCAUAAGCACUCCCAUCGUCUUGCCCCGUGCGAUGCUUGUCGAGAUGCUCACUACCAUGAAGGGCGUCGGCGAGCAGGUCAUGAAGUCGAGAAGCGACCACCAACGGCUCCUCGACGAGUCGACCAAGCGAGCCGAGGCAGCUGCGAACCAGAGCACUACGGCAAGCGACAUUCUCGAGAUGAUCAAGGAGUACUUUACACAGGCCAAGUCGCGCGAGGACGUCUCCGAAGUCUUGGAGGCGCAUACCGAGCUCCUCAGAGACCACUCAGCUCUCCUCCAAGAGAUUCACCAGAAGAUCGAGGAGGAGACACGCACAUCUACGGCGGACUCGGCCGAGCUUGCAGAGCGUACGCUCGUUGGAGAGCCGAUGACGAAUGCCAACGACAUGCUGACCGCUAUCUUAAGCGGACAGCACGCCAUGAUGAACAAGUUCAGCGAGUAUACCGAGACAAACGACGUGGUGUACGACUUGCGAUCUGCGACAGACGCGCUUCUCGAGGCACAGGCCGAGGUUCGUCAGGUCAAGCUGGACCAGCAGCACGGGCACGAGCUUGUCCGUCUGCACGAUGAGCUACGGGACCAAGCCACCAGGACUGCUCAGGCUGAACGCGAAGUGGCUGCCCUCAAAUUCAAGCUCGACGCCGCGGAGAAAGCAGCCAAGAGCCAGGAACUGGAGGAUGUGUGGCGCGCUCUCAUCCGGGCCGACGUCGCUGCUGCAACUGCCGCUCUCGCCAAGGUCUCACAGGCAGAGGAACACGCGAGAGAGGAGCUCAAUGAGAUGCGCGGCCAACUUGCCAGCCAGAGUGCCGCCCACCAGUCUGCCAUCGAGGCGCUUAAGGAAGAGCGUGACGGCGUCGCGAAGCUCGCUGAGGAGAGGCACAAGGAGCUCCUGGAAGCUCAUGCGGACGCCAAAACUUUCCGCGACAAGCUUAGAGAGCACCUCGAGGAUCUCAGCCUCACAUUCCAACGUGGCCUCGAGAGGCAGCGUAACGACGCUGAGCUCGAGAGGGAGGCCAGAGCCCUGGGCCGCAUUGCGUCUCUGGAGAAGGAGGUGCAAGACCUCCGUGCUGAGCUGGCGCAGUCUGACAAGGACCGCAGCGACCUCAAGGUACAGGUCACCCAGGCGGUUGCCGAUGUCCGCUACGAGCAGGAGAAGGCGAUCCGCAUGGCGGACACCGAGGCCAAUGCCAAGCGCACGAUGGAGCUUCAGCUCAAGGCCGAGAAGGCGCGCACUACCUACCUGGAGACCAAGGUGCAGCGCGCUGAAGCGGACGUGUCCGAGGUUGCCAGCAACCUUGACGCGUGGCGGUCGGCCGCACUGGAACAGCGCAUGCGCGCUGAGCAGGCAACGACGCACGUCACUGCGCUCCAGCAGGAGAACUUCCACUGGCGCCAGUUUGCGCUCGGCGCCGACCGGCACCGGCUGGAGCAGUGGCUGGCGACCAAGCCUUUCGAGGGAAUCGACCCGAAGGCCGCCUCCCAGCCAAACCCAACCAAGGCCACCAUGCCGGCGCGCCCGCCCUCUACGCGAUCAGUACUCUCGCCAUCGAGUAGACCCACUAGCCCUGUCAAGCCGAAGGACACGACACCAGCAGUGUCGAGCAAGCUCCGCAUGGUCGUGCCUGUCAUAAAUGAGCCAGAGGAGUAG